AUGGUGCCGGCCAUCGAAGAUAGCCCCGAGGGAAGCGACAGGAGGCUCCAGGUCUGGGAGUCUACCUCCACCUUGACCUAUCUUUCAGAUGCCUACGAUAAGAACGGCCUCUUCUCCGGCCGCAACGUCGCCGAGAGAGCGGAGGUGGGAAAUUGGCUUACUCUGCACACAGCGGCACUUGGUCCGACGGCGAAGUACUGGCUUUACUUUGAGAAGCUACACCCAGAGAGGGUGCCCAAAACCACUGCAAAGUAA